AUGAAGUUACCGCUGCCAUCUAUCAACAGCUCAGUACUGCAUCUUACUCUGCAGACAGUGGCUCUGGUGAUCAGUGUGGCGGCGGUGGUGACGGCGCGAGCGGCCCCUCAGGGAUAUGGAGUCCCAGGGACUGGCGGGUCCGGGGGCCAGUACUCCUCUGCCCCAGCCAACUACAACUUCCAGUGGGACGUUGACGACGCUGCCUCAGGCAACUUCUACGGCCACGGGGAACAAGCAACCAAUGGCAACGUCCAGGGCAGUUACUACGUACAGCUGCCGGAUACCCGCCGCCAGCUGGUGGAGUACACCGCUGACGACUCCGGCUACCACCCCGUCGUCACCUACGAAGGUCAGGCCCAGUAUGGUGGCGGCGGCGGCGGCAAGGGGUCUUCUGGAUCAGGUGGAGGCUACUACGCCUAGCCAGGAGCUCGUGUUUAACCGCCAUGUUUAGGCCCAACUGACCCCAUAUCUCCUAAUAUAUUACAAUUAGGAGACUAUUGUAAAUUAGUCACGAAUAUUUGUGUUAUAUAAUAUAUAAAAA